GCCCAUUAGGAGUCCACUGAUGGGCCUCCAAUCCCUCAUGGGCCCAUGUCUGUUCGCCCCUCAAGGAAACAAUUCUAAUGUCCCACGUCACAGUCACUCUAUCAUUUUCAUGGGAACCUCUGACUUGACGACCUUCAAACGUUGGCCUCAAUGUUUCAUUCAACGUCGUGCCCUGUCCGAAAAGGUCAACCAAAUCGCUGAGCUGAAGCUGAAGCUGAGUUUCCAUUCUCCGGUGGAGCCCCGCGCCUUCUUGCUCCGGAAGGCUCCUUUGCUGUCUGUUGUUUCAGUUGCAGAGCUUUGGCGGGCACUGUUGUAUUGGCUUCUCCCUCAAAAACGAAGUCCGUUCGUCUGUCGGGUCUGGUCGAUUGAGGUACCUCAUUUGCAACCCCGAUACCGUUUCCUCACCAAAAGUUUGGAUUUUGUGCUCUUAAUCAAUCCGCUUCUAUGGUUUUUUCAAGUGGGUCUUUGAGUUCUUGCAAGUUUUAGAUGUUCAUCAUCAUGGAUCAAUCAUUGGGUGCUUUUACUGGUUCCAUCAAUGGCCAUAGAGAAAAUGAUGAGCUUGCCUUUGUCUUAUCGGGUGAAGACCUCCGUGCACGGCUUAAGAUAGAUGAUGCCCUCCAAAGCCGAAACCCGAACCUGGCGAUGUUUACAUCACCGAAUUCGGGUGUGAGCUGCGAAAGGGAGUCGGUUGUCCAUCAAGAUUGUGACUUCAGUGAUGUAGUGUUCCAGUAUAUCAGUCAGAUGCUCAUGGAGGAAGAUAUUGGAGAGAAAACUUGUAUGCGUCAUGAGUCAUCAGCUCUCGAAGCCACUGAGAAAUCGCUUUAUGAAGCUAUUGGAGAGACAUACCCUCCACGAGAUUACCGUCCAAUCCCUCACAUUAGUUCCGGCUCAAUCAGUGAAAGCCCGAAUAAGAGUUGUGUCUUCAGCAGUAGAAGUGAUUCUAGCGGGUUAGGUAGUAGUGUUAGUUCAAACCCUGAUUGGAAGUCGAAUAUUGAGUUGCAUGAGCGUUUUGUCCCUGCAAUUGCCUCUCCAUCCGUAGAGUCUUCAGCUAGAUCAUUUGAAGUUUUUGACAAGAAUGGCUCUGCUGGGCGGAUUAAGGAUGGUUUUACAGCGUUGGCGAGAACAUUCCCUUCUAACAAUGCAAGUGUUGAUGUUUCUCGGGGGAAGAGAAAUCCGUACUCAGAGCAGACGAGCUUAGAAAAGGAACAAGAAGGAAGGACUAACAAACAAUCUGCUGUUUACGUUGAACCUGAGGUAACCUCAGAGAUGCUCGAUAUGGUGCUUUUAAAUGGCGCAAAAGGGGAGUCUGCACUUCGCCAAGCUUGGCAGAAUGGGCAAAUGAAAGGGUCAGAUGGGUCGAACUCAAGAGGCCGCGGUAAGAAGAAAGGCCGUAAAAGGGAAGUGAUUGACCUCAGGACUCUCCUGACGUUCUGUGCCCAGGCUGUUGCAGUGGACGACAAGACAAGUGCGAGUGAGCUUCUGAAGAAGAUAAGGCAACACGCUUCCCUCACCGGCGAUGGGAUGCAAAGAGUGGCAUAUUAUAUGGCUGAUGGGCUCGAAGCACGGUUGGCUGGCUCGGGUACUCAAAUCCACAGGGCUCUCAUGUAUAAGCCCACUUCUGCUGUUGAUACCCUAAAGGCCUAUCAGCUUUUCCAGACUGCCUGCCCGUUCAAGAAGCUGUCAAACUUUUUUUCCAACAGGACAAUCAUGAAUGUCGCUGAGAGGGCGAGCAAGCUCCACAUCAUUGAAUUUGGUAUUGGAUAUGGGUUCCAGUGGCCCUGUCUCAUACAAAGCCUCUCAACCCGGCCUGGUGGGCCACCCAGCCUCCGCAUAACCGGUAUCGAUCUUCCACAACCGGGGUUUCGGCCUGCUGAGAAGAUUGAAGGGACAGGAAACCAUUUGAAGAACUAUGCAGAGAAGUUCAAAGUCCCAUUCCAGUUUAAAGCUGUGGCGCAGAAGUGGGAAGCAAUCUGUGUCAAGGAUCUCGGGCUUGAGGAGGAUGAAGUCCUUGUUGUGAAUUGCAUGUAUAGGUUGAAGAAUUUGCUCGACGAGACUGUGGUGGUGGAGAGCCCUAGAGACAGAGUUCUAAGCCUGAUAAAGCAAAUGAAUCCGGAUGUCUUCAUUCAGGGCGUCGUCAAUGCUGCCCACAGCGCACCCUUAUUUAUCUUGCGAUUCCGGGAGGCUCUGUUCCACUUCUCGACUCAGUUUGACAUGCUCGAUAUGAAUGUUCCACGCAAUGUUCCUGAGAGGGGGCUGAUCGAGAGGGAGAUCUUUGGGCGGCAGGCAAUGAACGUGGUUGCUUGCGAGGGCCCUGAGAGGGUUGAUAGGCCUGAGACAUACAAGCAGUGGCAGCUCCGGAACCUUAGGGCUGGUUUCAGGCUGCUUCCAUUGGAUAGUGAGAUUGUGAGGAAGGCAAAGGACCGAGUGAAGGCUCAUUACCACAAGGAUUUCGUGAUCGAAGAAGAUAGCAACUGGUUACUUCAGGGGUGGAAAGGUCGGCUCAUUUAUGCGCUAUCCACUUGGAAACCCGAAAACUAAGAUCGCACACGCAGCAUGCGCUCUUCUAUAAUACGUGUUUGAUUUUUCAUACGUAGGAUCAAGAGCAUCCUUUGAGUUCAGGUGGUUGCAGCAGUAUACAUGGGCAAGUGGAUCUACUAACAUCAACUUGUUUGCUCGUGUGCUGCUCUAUGCUGUCGGGAACAAUAAGCUCAAGCGGUACUUUCUGGGUUUCCAUCAAUCCUCAGUUUCCCUUGCCUCUUCUUCACUUGCAUUUUAUGGGAAUGCCGAUUGCCCUUUAUCGAAGAGGCAAAAUACGAUGUAUCAAUUAGGCAUUCAUUGUGGAAUGUAUAAGGUUAAGAAUUGUAAAUUUGAUGGUAUUGCAACAUGAAAUCGAUUGAGAAA